AGAAGUAGAAGUAGAAGGUAACGUAGAUGGAGACGAGUAUGGAUAUACUCUUUGAAGACAAUUGUCGGUUUAUAAUUUAGUGUUGUAUUCUUAAAAAGUAAUUUGUAAUAUUAAUCUAAGAAACAAAAAACUCCUUCAUAAUGUCGAAGCGUAUAUUUGAUUUUGACCCGUCUUCGACUAACAAUGAAGCAAAUUUCAAUGAAGAGGAAGAUGAUACGGACUAUGACGCUUUAAACAGUGAAACCUUCGGUGAAGACAUCCCAUCCACCGAUUGGGAAGAGGACCACGCUAAACUAGCGGCAACUGAGCAGAUGCAGAAAGGCAAUUUCGAUGAUUCAAAUUCAAUUGGCCAAAGAAUGGCGUCUUACAUUUUAGAUGAUGAGAUUGACGAACCAGUCCCUCCACCGUGCGUGACGUCAUCCCCGAUAGAGACCGCGGGUAUAUGGCCAGUGUGGACCAAUGGCAAAGAGGUGGAAGGACGUGGUGAUAGGAACGUGAUUUCACCAAUACCCAGCAAACCAUGGUUGGAUGCAAAUUUAUCGAAGAACAGCCAAGAAUCACCUGACCACGUGAACUCAACCUCUCUGCCUCCUAAACCUGCUCAUUUUUUAACUGUGGAAGAGUUAGAAAAAAACAUGAAGAAAGCAGUGGCAGAGAUUAAGAACAUUGGAAGUUCUACCAAUGAACGUUAUCCCGAACGUUAUGCCAAUAAUAGAUUACGCAACAGAGUGGUUGCAGACAACAUUUCUCGCAUUCCUAUGAAUUUAAUUAAGGACUCAUCUGCAAAUGGUAACUACUCAAGGCCAAGACAUGGAACUGCAGCAGGUAUUAUCAAUCACAGACCCUACCACGCCAACAACAUGCAGGGAGGAUAUCCUAUGAGUCACCUAGCUAACGCUGGUUUCAAAUACCCGCCUAAUUGCUACCCAGAUGUGGGCGCAAGCAGUCUCAGGAUCCCGAAUCAUGUUCAAGGCCCCCCUGGAUUGGUGAGACAUGUAAUGUCACGAGGAUCCCACCACCAAGGACCUCCACAUCGCAACCAAGGGCCUCCACAUCGCCAACAAGGGCAUCCUCAUCAAGGAAACUUCUUUCCAAGACACAUGCAAGAUCCUCAUUAUGCGCCACCACACAGGCCACCAUUGGGAGAUCAUCCUCACUUCCCACCAUUCUUUGAUUCUCAGAUUUCUAGUCGACAUAGCUCUUCAGGUCCUAGACACCAUGGACCUUCUGUUCCACACCAAGGAGUAACAGGUCUACACCAAGGAGCCUCAGGCCCUCAACCUCCUGUCGACGAAUAUAUGGGGUUAAUGAGCAUGCAAGAAAAACAAUGGCUUGCAAACAUUCAACUGAUGCAGCUCAACUCGAGUGAUCCUUAUCAAGAUGACUAUUACAAUGUUAUGUACAAUCAAAGACAACAGGGCAAUUCCGGAAGGAAGUAUGGUAGUCACAACACAAAGAACAAUAAAGAGGUCACAGCUUCAAAGCCUGCAUCUACCUACAUACCACUUCAAUUCGAGAACUCCCUUGGAAAGCUCCAGAUUGGAAGUGUUACUGCUCCUAGAAAAAUUAUUGAAACUGAACUUGUGGAAAACGUGGAAAAUAAUUCCAAACAAUCCGAUAAGAAGCACAAACAGAAUUUAAUGGAAGUAGAAGAGAUUUGUAGUAUUGUGUUGAAAAUGGAAGAUGCUUACAACCCUGGUGCUCCUAAACUUCAAGAAGUGGACUUGGUGGUUCUACAGGAGAAUCUCAUGACCACCCUGUUGACUGAAGGAAAACUGAUAAGUUACAUGGGAAUCAGGAAAGGAAAGAGGGCAGUAUUGAGAAUCCUUACUCACCUUUUCAACCCUGGUCCUCUAAUUCAGAAAUUGCUAGAAGAUUUGGUUCCUAUAACAAGAAAGGAUCAAGAACAACUGCUAUUGAGUUUUCUCCCAAGCAUCAGAAUUUAUUUGGCAACAGUUCCUCUUGCGACUUUGGUUGCAUUAACCAAACGCUAUGAUACCAUGUUCCUUUUAUCCAAUAAGUUCACUGUGUCUGUAAUGGCUAACAUGGUAGAAAGAGCCGGGCAAGUAGUAUUUUCUAACAGUGAAGAUGAUUCAGUGGUCAACGGUUGGUGUAACUUUUUGGUGCGACUAGUGGAGUCUGCCGGCAUGUGGACAAUGCCUGAACGUCCAGUAGUUGCUGUAGACCGUGCUGUACUUCUUAUCCAGUUGAGAUUACUUAAGGGUAAAGUUAAAAAAGAAGAAACGCAAAAAUUAGUACAGGCACUAUGUAAGCCAUUGGAAACCUCAGUCGCCUCUGCUACCACUGUUAGCCAGGACUCUGCUCCUGGUCCUGGCCCUGGCCCUGCCCCUGCCCCUGCUCCUGCCCCUGCCCCUGCCCCUGCCCCUGGUCGGCAGUAAAUUUCUCUUUUAAAGGCCAACUCAUUUAUGAGAGAAGAUUGAGUUCUCUUAAAUUUAUUUAAGACUUAUAUUGUGUAAGAUGACAAAAGAUAUUUUAAAACUAUUUCAAGUGUAUGUAAAUGAUUAAGAUGUAAAUCAGCAAAGAUCUGUUUAAGUUUUGAAGGCCAACUUGAAUGUAGAUCCAAGUUGAUUAAACACAUAAAUGAGAUUUUACUUUGUGUAGUUAAUUUGUAAUAUUUGCAAGUCGUAUACUUGUUACUUUUUCAAAAACUAAUAUUUGUUUACUAAUCCUAAAUAAUGCAUUUUUUUACAGUUAACUUAGUUUUUUUUAUAAUUACAAUAACUAGAAAACAUUUGCUAGUUGUAUAUUAUUCACCACCGAAAUCAUAUUUCUGUGCAAGUAUUAAAGACAGUAACAGAAUAUAGUUAAAUAUUACAGGUGUUUAUUAUCCUACUUAUUUGGUUAUAAUUAACCAACAGACUCUUUUGUUAUAUAAUGUAAUUAAAACAGUGUAAAAAUAUAAAUUGACGAAUGUAAAUAACAUUGUUAUUAGUAUUCAAAUGCCUUAAAUUAGGCACUUAUGUAUUUUAAUAAAAAAAGUUCUUUAUUGC